AUGUCCCUGCAGCAAGCAGGUAGUGGGCCAUUAUUGCAUCAAACUGCAGCAGUCCACCUGUUGACCAACUCUCUGUAUGAGUCAACACGCUGGUCAACAGCCUUGACUAACCAAGCUCAUAACGAGCUCGGUCUGUUGCAGGCCGUGCUAUCCACAACCGAAGUUUAUGCUAGCUCGCUGGGUACAGAUUGCACGCAUCUUGGGGUUCUGAACAAAAGGCUCCAGAGCUGCCAUGCCGUCCUCUUGGAAUUGCAGGAGCUGCAGCUGCAUCCAGACACCUUUGGGGCCCAGAGUCUCAUUUCCGAUAUCAGAGCGCGAUUCUCGUCACUGAUUUUUGGGCUUAGUGAGGUCAAUACGAAUAUGAUGAUAUCAUCCCAGAGGAAUAUUGAUCGGGCGCUAAAAUGUGUUCUCGAUGAUAUUCGUGCAGGCAAGCGAGAGACUGACCUUGUUUGGGAUAUUUUGAAUGGUUCUUCAAAUCCCGGGGAAGAUAAAUCAUGGGCACGGCUACAAGAAGCGUUGGCGGCUGCGGGUAUUUCUUCUAAACUGUCGAACGAGAAUCAUGAGUUUAUUAUCUCGAAUCUUCGGAAGAUAGUAGAGGCAGCCGAUCUGCCGUCCAUCACCGAGGCGCAAAAUGCUCAAGUGGUCGUGGUCCCUGAGUCCCCAGCACAAGAACCAGCGCAGAAAUCGGAACCCUGGAAAGACUGGGACAACGAGGACUUAUUAGCAGACGAACCGACCGGUCUUCCAUUCCUUCCGCUCCCACCAAAAGGCUUCUCGUACUCAGAUAGACCUCGUUCACCUCGAGAGCAAUAUCAGCAACACCCAGAAACACAGGUCAUACCGGAGGAAAACUUCCCAAUACCGGUUUUGUUGGACUACCACCAUCCUGGUGAUACAUUGAAAGUAACACUGGAGGAGAAUCUCCCUAUACCAGUGAUUCCCAGUCCAUGCAAAUCGGAGAAACAGAGCAUAUUCCGGGACCACGAUCUCCCAAUACCAGUGGCUCCCAGUUUAUCCAAGCAGGAGCAACAGACUAUACUACGAGAAAACAACCUCCCAAUACCCGUAUACCCACCCAUCAAGCGCAAUCCCACACCAGACCUACGAGCCUUCAAAGUCUCAAGAUCACACAAGUCCCACCGCGUGAGCCGCAUUCUAUGGGAAAUUACCAGCUCCAAAACCACCUUUAUAACCGCCAUAAUGAACGGCCAUUCCCCAACCGUGCAAAUCCUCCUCCAGAAAGGCGCCGACGUGGACGCCCAAAACAACGAAGGUCAAACCGCCCUCAUGGCCGCCGUCUCCUUCGGCCACGAAGCCAUAGUCCGCCUCCUCAUUGAGUACGGCGCGGACAUGAAUAAGCUCACCUUGAAAGGCGAGUCGGCACUCAGCACCGCCGCAUCGCGGGGCUUCGAGCGCAUCGUGCGGAUACUUAUCGCCUCCGGCGCGAACAUAGAUCUAGGCCGUCAGAUGGUGGUCGUCAAGACGCCACUUUCGCAAGCUGCCGCGUACGGGCAGGACAAGGUUGUGCAACUGUUGCUAGAUUGCGGGGCGAAGAUCGACGCUGUCGGCUCGAAUGGCGAGACGGCGCUGGCGCAGGCGGCAGGCCAUGGGAAUAUCAAGGUUGCGAGGCUGUUGCUGGAUCGGGGCGCGCUGGUUGAUCACAUGCGAUGUCCCUGGCAGACGCCGUUAUAUAAGGCUGUUACCGCUGACGAUGAACCCAUGGUUCAGCUUUUGAUGGAGCGGCGUGCGGACCCGCUUCUUAAGGGGGGUCUUCGACGGAAUGAGACGGUGCUGGCUUAUGCAAUGAGGAUGCGCAGGAGUGCGAUUCUGAGGGUUUUUGCGCAGUAUGGACAUCAUUAUGUGGAUUUCGUUCCCUAUCAGUAUGGUUGA